AUGUCGAAAUACCACAAAUGGUCUCCGAUGAAAUCUUUAUUCGUUUGUUUUUACCACAUCGAUCAUCAUAUUAUUGUAAAGAUCGAUUGUCAAGAAAAACACUCAUUUCAACCGUUUGCUAGUAAUGAAACAAAUAGUGCAAGAACAAAAAUAUUUCAGACGAUGGUAUUGAUCAAAGAAGAAAAUGCAAUGUACAUUUCUCAUCCAAAUACUUAUGAAAUUAGGUCCAGACAACCUUUGCUGUACAAUCACAAGCUCAUUAGCAAUCCGGAUUCAUCAGAUGUUACGGAGACCAUUGAAUUGAUAAAAAACUUAUGUGAAAUGAGUGAGGGACAAUUUAACCCUGAUUCCCCAAGUGAAUUUUAUAAUGUUAUCCAAGCAGCUAGAAAAUUAACGUAUGAAGCGUUAAAAAACCUGUAUUAUAUUUCACAAAAUGAUUUGUGUUCAUCUGCGACCAAACAUCUACAAAGCGCUUUACCAUAUGUUCGUACCACGUCUGCGGUAAUACUUAUGAAAGACAUAUUGUGGAAUGGAACCAUCAGUGAAUCYAUUUCAACUGACUGGUUAAUGGCAAUGGCAAUGUUUGACAGGCCGGAUGAUCAAGUAGUUUCUGAAAUUUCUCAUUUGCUGCAUAAAGAAAAUGCUUCGUCAGAUAUAUUAUUAAGUAUAACUUCUUUGAUUCAUACAUACUGCAAAAUAAAUACAAACUGUAAUGAAAACGAUGAGUUAAUACAAGCCAUCGUGUACAUUGAACAGAAAAUCAAAGAGAACGUUUUGAUAAAAGAAAACCGAGAUGAG